GGCAACUCCUUGAACUAACACUUCCCCAGCCUCCGAGAGCUCGGAGGAAGGGGUGGGUUUAAGGGCGGAUGCUGAAGCCGAUCGAUCAGCUGAACGGCGGAUCCUGGUGCAGAUCCCGGGUCCUCCGAAGGCUACAGGAGCCCCCGCUGCCGAACUCGGACGGGCCGCCAGCCAACCCCCCGGCCACCCCUAGUGCCCCAAGCGGCGCGCCCUCAGCAGCGCCUCCCCGCGCCAGCCAAUGCGCCCCGGGCGCGCCAGCUGCCCCGGGGCCCGGGCGCCGCGAUUGGCAGCCCCCGGCCUCAGCCCUCGCGCCCCACCCAGACGACGUUCCGCCCUCGCCGGCUCCGCGGCCGCCGCCGAUCCCCACUCUCCGCCCCGGGGGUGUCCUGCGCGGGGCCCGGAUCCGGCCGCACUCUCCUCCCAGGCGCCGCGGAGACACCAGGUUGGAAGCGCCCUCAGUCGGCGCAGUCCUCUCCCAGGGCCGGACCAUGAAGGUCGAGUUUGCGCCGCUGAACAUCCCGCUGGCGCGGCGGCUGCAGACGGCCGCGGUGCUGCAGUGGGUCCUGUCUUUCCUCCUGCUCGCACAGGUGUGCAUUGGGAUCAUUGUGAUACUGAUCAUACACAACUAUUGGUUCCUCUAUGUCCCUUAUAUGACAUGGCUUUACUUUGACUGGCGUACCCCAGAACAGGGGGGCAGGAGAUCCAACUGGGUCAGAAGCUGGACCGUUUGGAGGUAUUUUAAGGACUAUUUUCCAAUUCAUCUCAUCAAAACUUGGGAUUUGGAUCCAAGUCACAACUACAUAUUUGGGUUUCACCCCCACGGAGUACUUGUUGCCGGAGCCUUUGGAAAUUUUUGUACGAGUCAUUCAGACUUCGAACAGCUGUUUCCCCGCUUCACUGCAUAUCUUCAUGUGCUCCCAUUUUGGUUCCGGUGUCCUCUCUUUCGAGAAUAUCUGAUGAGUAGUGGGCCAGUCUCAGUUUCUAAGAAAAGUGUGUCCCAUGUGCUGAGCAAGGAGGGAGGUGGAAACAUUUCAGUCAUUGUUCUUGGGGGCGCAGAAGAAUCACUGGAUGCCCAUCCUGGAAAAUUCACUCUGUUUAUCCGCCAGCGGAAAGGAUUUGUUAAAAUUGCUUUGACCCACGGCGCCUCCUUGGUACCAGUGUUUUCUUUUGGAGAAAAUGAGCUAUUUAAGCAAGUUAGCAACCCUGAAGGCUCCUGGCUUCGAACUGUGCAAGAGAAGCUACAGAAGAUCAUGGGGUUUGCUUUGCCUCUUUUCCAUGCCAGAGGGAUUUUUCAGUACAAUUUCGGCCUGAUGCCAUACAGGAAACCCAUCCACACUGUUGUUGGCCGCCCAAUCCCCGUGCAGCAGACUCUGCACCCCACCACGGAGCAGAUUGAGGAGUUACAUCAGACCUACAUGGAGGAGCUAAGGAAAUUAUUUGAGGCGCACAAAAGGAAGUAUGGUAUUCCAGAACACAAAACUCUCAUUUUUAAAUAACUAUCCUCUCAGCAGGCAUACCAGAAGAUGCGAGAACAUCCCGUUGGAGAAUAUAUAUUUUAAAUAAGGAUUUUCUUCUUUGACUGUGGACUCAAAUUUGCAACUGGAAAGUAUGAUUUGUGGUGAUGGAUGUUGAUGAGCAUCCAGGGACAAUAAAAAUACACUGGGUGACUCUAGGAGAAGCGUGGAGAAGACUAUAACCCCGUCUAAUAAUCCUUCUCAUCGAAGAAGGGCCAGUCAUUUCGCAGGUAAAGAAAAAGUUUAGAAUUAUUCAUGUGCCCAAGGAAAAAAAAGAAAAAAGACAGCUUCAAAAAAUAAUUAGACCCUUUUACUAAGCAUCGCCGUAAUUUAACGUAGUGUUUUCACUGCGGAUGACAGCUGUGGUUUAGCACAGCUUGGAGCAGUUAGACUGUGUGUGAACUAAUUUUCCAUACAGAGCUAAAGGAGAUCAUUUCUUUCUUUUCUUUUUUUUUUUUCUGCUUGAACCGACCAUUUUGGGGUGAAUAAUGUUCCUUUUCCGGCUGAGAUAAUUUGAUCCCUUUAGGUCAUGUCAACCAAUGCAUUUUUAUCCAACAGUGCAGAAUUUUAAUGCAGUUUUUGAAAUAGGAUGCGUCUACCAUUUGGAAACCCAUGUGGGUGAGAGCGUGCCUCGUCAUUUCUAUUCAUGCUUUGAAACAUUCAUGCUUGUCAUUUGCUUAGAAGCAUGUUCAUUUGCUCUAGACCAAGGAGGCCUUUUGGGAGACAUGCUUUAGAACGUUAAAAUUCCAGAAAGUUGUCACGGCCAUAGAAAUGAUUUGAAUUUUCUUCCCAAAUCCCUUUUGAGAGUAAGGCCAGCUAUGAGAGAAAGCGCCCUCUUUGGUUGUCGCCUGUCCAGUUACAGCUGUCUGGUCCAGGAGAGUGGGGACCCUGUUCCUUCUGAUCAUGGAUUCUUCCCUAGGGUCUAGGCUGGGCACAAAACAAGUACUUGUUUAGUGAAUAUAUUUAUGGAUGGACCCACAAAGGCAAAAAAAUUUUAAAGCUGUACCAUAGGAUGAACCUAUUGAAAGAAAAGAUCCGCUUUCAGAAGGAGAGAAUGUAUGGGGUCUGACUGUCUCAUCUGGUGACGGACAAGGUUGCAGGCUGGUCUAUCAGGUGCACGUGAAAAGGCGGUUUCUGAUCAUUAGGGCACUAAGAGUUAAGUAAUUAUUCAGUAAUAAGUGAGAAGAAGUUUCCAGGUGAUCUCCAUUGCUCUAGGUUGCUUCUUUACCUCCUGUACUCUGGGUAUUUGGGGCAACUUCAUGGAGUUGUUCUAAAUGACUAGUAAUACAUCUUCAGGCCUCUAAUCUUUAAAGCGACAAUCCCUGGGCUGGAGCCUGGACGGAGUUCAGUGUCAGUCAAACAAAGUCAUGCUGGGUAACGUCUUGAGUAGGAAAGCAUUUCACACCGGAAAAAAACGAACAUGCCUUUGGCUUCACACUGGUUGAGCAAUCCAGUGUGACCUGACCCACAGCCUUGGAAUUAGAUCAAUUAUUUGUCAAAGCAGGGAAUAGGUCACAACCUCUUUUUAACAGAUGCAGAAAAUUUGACCAGAAAGCCUUUUUGGUAUUAUUCAACACCAACAAGGUAUAACGGAGCCCCAUUUGCAGAAAACGACACCCCGGCCAGUCAGGGGUCAGUGUUUCAGAAUACCACAAUGACUAGAGACCUUUGUUAUUACAAAAUCCGUGAAUGUCAUUGUUUAGAGAAGUUCAUUAAAGUCUCUUGUGAUUUCACAAAAGUAAGA